GGGGCCUUCGCGAGGCGGCGGGUAUGAAAGAGGAAUCCGCCCGGUGUAUGAGAGUCUACCUAGAAGUGAAGCUCAGGCUACUCUUGUACCAGAACUGGAGAUGCCCAGCUUGCCUGCCAUUUCAGUGCUGCAGUGGCCUCUGCUAAUUAAAAAGUCUCCAUAGAGGUCUUCCUGUCAGCUCCCCAGCAUGACCCUGCAGUGUCUCAUACUCUUGGCUGUCCUCCUGAUGGGAGGAGGCAUGAGCAAGUCCACAGAAAGCAAGGCCCAGCAACCCGAGUGUUGUAUGGAUGUGGUAGACUUCAAUGCUACUUGCCCGGGCACAGGCCUAUGUGGCCCAGGUUGCUACAGGCACUGGAAUGCAGAUGGGAGUGCUAGCUGUGUCCGCUGCUGGAACGGGACCCUCCCGAAAUACAAUGGCUCUGAGUGCAGAAUUCUUACUGGCCGGGGCAUGCAGUUUCCUAUGAACAGAAGCUCAGGGACACCUGGACAGCCACAUUUUGGGGGUCCUCAUGUGGCAGCCUCCCUCUUCCUGGGGACACUCUUCAUCAGCACAGGCCUCAUCCUCUCUGUGGCUGGGUUCUUCUACCUCAAGCGCUCCAGUAAACUUCCUGAGGUUUUCUACAGGAGAGACAGAGCCCCUGUCCUGCAGCCUGGUGAAACAGCUGCGAUGGUCCCCCUGCCACAGUCUUCAGUGAGGAAGCCAAGAUACAUCAGGCGUGAGCAGCACCCAGACAAGAACAGGGAUCCUUCUGCCUUCUCCACAGUGGAGGCCCACAUCAGCAACGUCUGACCCAGAGGUCAACUGAGACUUCACAGCACAGCAUUGGAGACCCAAGUUUCCCUUCAGUGAACUCAACACACAAAGGGCCUGGGGCUUAAGAUAGGCCAGCGUUGGCUCCCAGGGACAGAUACGUACAGUUGCUAGGGAGAGCUAACCUCUAUGUAAUGAGAUCUUCUGUCCCACCCUUACUAUGUGGUUUAACAGGAGUAACCAUCUGUGAGAUGUGAGGACUCAAGAACAAGUCAUAAAGAGUCUAGGCCCCUCAGGAGUCACAGCAAAGUUCCAGCAUCUGUAACAGCUUCAACACAGGCCGAUCCAAAUGGUCAAAACAUCUGGAGGCCACCCAGUGGAGCCCAUGUUAGACAGUACUCUCUCCAUCACCAUCAAGCUAAGAAGAAUGAAACCAAGGUCCAGAGAGUGGAGAAAACAACCUGGAAACUGGUACCAGAGAUAGGUUGCUCCAGCGUUGGCCUGAUAAUUUAUCUGCUAACCUCUAAGGCAUACGUUUCUGAGAGUUGCAGAAUUGAAUGUCCUGGGUUUCCUGAUUCUAGGGACCAGCAGAACCUAGUCUCCCAGGGACAGACUCCAAACCUUUCAGGCAGGAUACUCAAAAUGUUUACCCAUGAGGCCCCCAUAUCUGGCCACCUGCAGGUCAUUUGUGUUGCUGGGCUUGUUGAGAGCAUGCUGGCCAGCGGUCCUAUCUUUGCUCCUGUGGCUGGUAGCAUUAGCCAUAUGCUCCUGUGGAAGAAGGUGCCCUGUUAACCAAUGCCACCUCCCUCUAUGGCCCAAGGGUGUCUAACAUCUUCACCGUCUGGCCCACAUCUGAUUUUAUUAACAGGGAUGUGAGCUUACUUUCCCAGACUUGAACCAGUGGCUAAGCAGUGAUUUAAAGUUGGACCAAUUAAACUAGUCUAGAUAUUCUCUCCUCUAGCCUUACUAUCCAGGGGUCGGUCAUCUAUUCAGUGUGUGUGGGACACCUGCCCCAUUGCCAUAUUCAGGGGACAGAACCAGGAAGGCAAAGAGAACCCCUUCAGCAGGGUCCAGGACCUGCCACCUGUUACCUGGUGGGACAGGCAAUACAGCAAUCCAUCCCCACAUGUGGCCUUGGCCUGUUCUACAUGUUCGGGACACUGUCUUGUAUUAGGUGACUACCCUGCUCCUUAGGACUUGAGAUAGAAGGUGCCAAUCGAUGGCCCUUCAGAGAGAACUACAGAUGCAGCUGGAUGUGGUGGCAAACACCAUUAAUCCUAGCACUUGGGAGGAAGAGGCAAGUGAAUUUCUGAGUUCAAGGCCAGCCCGAUCUACAAAGCAAGUUCCAGGAUAAUCAGGGUUAUACAGAGAAACCCUGUCUCAAACAAAAAUUCAGGGGAAAAAAAAGACUACAGAUACAUCACUAGACUGUGGGGGGUAUCCUUUGGGAAAGUAGGGCUCUGUGCCGGCCACCUGAGUCCAGCUCAGUGGUUCCACUCAAAGCCAGUGCGUAGAUGUGGAAAUGUCUGUCUGCUGACGAGUAGAGGAGCUAAAGAGUGCAGAAUGAGACCGUAGUACCUAGAUGUCCUGCCUAUGGCUGUUUGAAUAAGAACAUGGACUUAAAUACUUAAAUGCUUAGUCUUUAGGGAGAGGCACUCCUUGAGAGGGAUUAGGGAGUGUGAGUUUGCUGGAGGAGGUGUGUUACUGGGGGUGGGCUUUGGGUUUCAAAAGCUCUGCAGGCCCAGUGACUUUCUCUUCCUGCUGCUGCGUGUGGACCUGGAUGUAGAACUCUCAACUUCUUCUCCAGCAUUGUGUCUGUGUGUUGCCACGCUGAUAAUGGACUAAACCUUUGAAACAGAAGUCCUAAUUAAAUACUUUGCUUUA